AUGCAGACGCGAGUGAUCAAAGUCCCCGCCCGGGGAUCUGAGCUGGGCCACUUCCGCGACUCUCAAGGUCCCAACCGGUUGGAGGAGUGGUGCGUGAGCGACGCCCCGGCCUCGCGCGACUCGAUUGCGGCGCUCACCGAAGCCGGCGCCCACCUCCGAGACAAGGACACGCCGGUGGCCUUUCCGACCGAGACGGUGUACGGCCUCGGCGCGGACGCGACCCGCAGCGCGGCCGUCAAGGGCAUCUACGCGGCCAAGGGCCGCCCGUCGGACAACCCGCUCAUCGUGCACGUCUGCGACCUGCGCAUGCUGCGGCAGCUGCUGGGCACUACUCCCGACGGGCAGGCCAACCCGCUCCCGGAGCGGUACGCGGCUCUGAUUGAGCGCUUCUGGCCCGGCCCGCUGACGAUCCUGCUGCCCAACGCGCAGCCGUCGCGGCUGGCGCCCGAGGUGACGGCCGGGCUGGGCACGUUUGGCGUGCGCAUGCCGUCGGCGGCGCUCGCGCUGUCGCUGAUCCAGCUCGCGGGCGUGCCGCUGGCCGCGCCGUCGGCCAACGCCUCGACCAAGCCGUCGCCGACGGCCGCGCACCACGUCCGCACCGACCUCGACGGCCGCAUCGAGCACAUCCUCGACGGCGGGCCCAGCCAGGUCGGCGUCGAGAGCACCGUCGUCGACGGGCUGUGCGAGCCGCCCGUCGUGCUGCGCCCCGGCGGCGUCGGCAUCGACGCCCUGCGCGCCUGCCCCGGCUGGGAGCACGUCGUCAAGGCGUAUCAGGACCACAGCGAGGAGGGCAGCAAGGCGGCGCCGCGCGCGCCGGGCAUGAAGUAUAAGCACUACAGCCCCAGGGCGCGCGUUGUCCUGUACGAGGCGUCGUGCCAGGCGGCGGCGGACGGUCUUGCGGCGGCGGAUUUGGAGGAGGCUGCUGCACAGGUGGUGGAGAAUGGGCAGGGAGUGAAUGGCGCGGCGCGGCCGACGAGAACGGUGGGCAUCAUUCGGACGCAGCGGUGGAAGGCGGCGGCUGGCCUGCACGUGCAGAACUGGCGAGAGGCAGCGCCAGUGGCCAUGGAAAUCGACAAAUCUGCGUAUGAGGUAUACCGGGGUGAUCUUGUCGGCGCCAGUGGCCAGCUCAUCGGCGAGCUGUUUGAUGUGAACCUGGGCAAAGACACGAGCGGAAUUGCGCAAGGGCUUUUUGCAGCGCUACGGGAGCUGGAUAGCAGAGGUGCUGACACGAUUUUCGUUGAUGGUAUAGACGGGGAAUUAGACAUUGCCGCGGCAGUCAUGAAUCGUUUACGCAAAGCAGCAUCGGAACUCAGGUCAUGA